AACAGUCAUUCAGUCUCUAGCGCUCGUCUUGUCUGGUCCUUCAUUGCAAGUACCUGACUUCGCGGCUACUUCAGUCUUCUUUAAAAAAAGUCUCUUAGAUUCCAUUAACUCAUCAAAAUGCGCGAAAUUGUUCACCUCCAAGCCGGUCAGUGCGGUAACCAGAUCGGUUCUAAGUUCUGGGAGAUCAUUUCCGACGAACAUGGAGUAGAUCCAGAGGGCAAAUACAUCGGUGACAGCAACCUUCAACUUGAGAGGAUCAAUGUUUACUACAAUGAGGCCUCGAGUGGAAAGUAUGUUCCCCGUGCUGUUCUGGUUGACUUGGAGCCCGGCACCAUGGACUCUGUUCGUUCUGGACCAUAUGGAAGGAUUUUCCGACCUGACAAUUUUGUAUUCGGUCAAAGUGGAGCUGGCAACAACUGGGCCAAGGGUCACUACACCGAAGGUGCUGAAUUGGUUGAUUCUGUACUUGAUGUUGUCCGUAAAGAAGCUGAAAACUGCGACUGUCUCCAGGUAUGUCAUUGUCACUCAACUUUUUUGACAUUUCAAAUUGUUGAUUUAAUUUUUCUUUUUUUUUUCAAACAGGGAUUCCAACUUGCUCAUUCCUUGGGAGGUGGUACUGGAUCCGGAAUGGGAACCCUGCUCAUUUCCAAGAUCCGAGAGGAAUACCCAGAUCGUAUCAUGAACACAUUCUCAGUUGUUCCUUCCCCAAAAGUGUCCGAUACUGUGGUGGAACCCUACAAUGCAACCCUCUCCGUUCACCAAUUGGUCGAAAACACCGACGAAACCUUCUGUAUCGACAACGAAGCGCUUUAUGACAUCUGCUUCCGCACCCUUAAAUUAACCUCCCCUACUUAUGGCGACCUCAACCAUUUAGUUUCGGUUACCAUGUCAGGAGUCACCACCUGCCUCCGUUUCCCAGGUCAGUUGAACGCUGAUUUGCGUAAGUUGGCCGUGAACAUGGUGCCCUUCCCUCGUCUCCAUUUCUUCAUGCCUGGCUUUGCGCCCCUCACUGCCCGUGGAUCUCAGCAGUACCGCGCUCUUUCCGUCCCGGAACUCACCCAACAGAUGUUCGAUGCCAAGAACAUGAUGGCCGCCUGCGAUCCCCGCCACGGUCGUUACUUGACCGUCGCCGCCAUCUUCCGUGGACGCAUGUCCAUGAAGGAGGUUGAUGAACAGAUGUUGAAUGUUCAGAACAAGAACUCUUCGUACUUCGUUGAAUGGAUUCCUAACAACGUUAAGACUGCAGUUUGUGACAUUCCACCCAGGGGACUCAAGAUGGCUGCCACCUUCAUCGGCAACUCAACUGCCAUCCAAGAGAUCUUCAAGCGUAUCUCAGAGCAGUUUACUGCUAUGUUCAGGCGCAAGGCUUUCCUCCAUUGGUACACUGGUGAGGGCAUGGACGAGAUGGAAUUCACUGAGGCCGAAUCCAACAUGAACGAUCUUGUCUCUGAAUACCAACAAUACCAGGAGGCUACCGUCGAUGAUGGUGAAUUUGUUGAGGACGACAACCCAGAGGAAGAGACCGCCUAAGGGAAGCGAGUUUUCCGAUGCGCGAAAGAAAAACCCGGAGCUGAAUAUUGAGGGGAUUGCCAGAGUAGACGCAGGAAUUGGAGAGAAUGUUAUUAGUUGCACCAAUUGAAACCAGUUGCUGUAUUCUUUAUGAAACAGUUGAAUGCUAAAAUUUUAAAAAUUAAUUGGCAAAAUUUCUUAACAGACUAAUGUUAUGAAAAUUUUAUUAGUAAUCUUUUGGAGUCUUGUUGAAGCAUUCCGGUGCCAAAUAAUUCGACAACAUUGCUUGCUUCUUUUGGGUUUUAACCGCCACCCUUAUGCUCUCCAUUUUCUGCGUCGGAAUUUUGGAAUUUCUGCGAGUUGCAUCCUUAUGGACAAUAUGAAUAAAAUUUUGGAAACCCAA